AUGUUGACCUACCUCCAGGUACACCUCCUCUUUGUCAUUCCUCCGAUUUUGGGCUUGGGGUUUCUUUACUGGCCCGUCCUUGGCAGACGGGAUGUCUUCAAGAUGAUCUGGGCUUGCGCAUUGGCGACAAUAUGGACCACACCAUGGGAUAAUUUCAUCCUUUCGCAAGCGGGCUGGUCAUACCCCGAAGGCAGUAUCGUCGGCAAGAUCUACUACGUCCCACUCGAAGAACACCUCUUCUUCAUCCUUCAGCCCAUCUUCCUCACCCUCGUGCACUCUAUCGUCGCCCACUCGCAGCUCAUCCCAUUCCGCAUACCCCGGCUGAGCGACGUCAGCUUCCGCCAAGGUCCGGCGCAGGUCCAGGCCGGCAGCUCGACCAGCGAAAAGAGUAAGGCGGUCCCCGUGUCGGAGCAUGAACACGGCAAGGUGCAGACAUUGCCGAGAGGAGUGGGGAUGCCCGCGUUCUGGAUGGGCGUGACGGCGCUGGGAGGGGUCCUGGUGCAUGAGUCGCAUGGGCUGGAGGUGUUGCCCAUACACCUAGGACUGGGGAAGCACGCGUUCUACUUGGGUUGGAUCCUUAUUUGGAUCAGUCCGGUGUGCGCGUUCUUGACGUACCUGGGUGCGCAGUUUGGGAGGGCGGAGGUCAUCUCGCUGGCGGCUGGGACGGCAUGGUUGUGGCUGGUGGACACGAUCGCCCUACGAAACGAAGCAUGGACGAUCUCGAAAGAGACCACACUCGGCUUUGACGUAUGGAGGGGGUUGCCAAUAGAAAGCAACCUUCUUCCUGCUUCCGGCUUCAACCCGCCCCUGAUUGAUGCUGGGCUGCUGUAUGGGCUGCAGCUCGCGGAGGAUACGUUGAAGAAGGGAAGCAAGAGCUUUGAGGUUGCGAAAUUGGCUUUUGGACGGGAGAUGCGAAUUGGGCUGGUGGCUGUUUACGCUUGGUGCAGGGUCACGGACGACCUGAUAGAUAACGCACCCACGAUCUCUGAUGAGGGCCUUGAAAAGGGCGCCAUCCUCGAUGUCAUCCGCUCCCACCUCACCGCCGCCUUCUCCGGCGCAGAGCCUGUCGCCCUGCACCGGAUCCUCUCCACCAUCCCCGGUCUCACACCCGAAGUCACCUCUGCGUUCCACAUCUUCGCUACCCUCGUCCCACGGCUUUCGCCCGUCGAACCCUUCCUGGAGCUGUGUAAAGGGUACGAGACGGACCUCAAGUUCCUCUCUAUCCCGGAAACAGAAGCUGCGACGGGGCAAGAGACACUCCGGGCGCGAAUGGCAGACAAGGCGUUCAAUGUGGAGGAGCACCUUCCGAUACGGACCAACGAGGACCUGCUGCAGUAUGCGGACGACGUGGCGGGUUCGAUUGCAGCAGCGAUCUGUUAUCUCGCUUGGUCGGUCCUUUCUUACCCUUCGGGCGGGGACGCUCGGCGGCCGGUCGAGAACCUCCCGUGGGCGGCGGACCUGCAUCGGAACACCCUCUCCCCUUCUUCUCUUUCGCAAGCAGAAAAGGUCCGCGUCGAGACGGUCCGGUCGGCAAGGACGAUGGGGCGCGCCCUCCAGCUCGUCAAUAUCGCAAGGGACGUAGCCAAGGAUGCCAUGAUAGCGAGGGUCUACGUCCCUCGCUCGUCAUUCGCAUCUACGGCGGCACUCCACUCGGUCCUCCUCCCCUCCUCCCCCGCUUCGUCGCCUGGCGAACCAAAACCCAAAACAGACUACUCGUCCUAUAACCUGCCAUUACUGGAACAAGCGGACGAAAUGCGUUAUUCGUCGGCAGGCGCAAUAGCGGACUUGCCGCCUACGGCCCGAGGAGGCGCGAGGGCGAUGGCGGCGAGUUAUUUCGAGAUUGGGUCGGCGAUCCGGAGAGAGGGAGGAAAGGUGGAUGAGCGGGGAGUCAAGGUGGAGAAGAAGAAGAGGCUCAAGGCGGCUGCGAAGGCGAUGUGGGGGUUUAGCUGA